GCAUCCCUGGCCUCCUGACCACCUUCUCGCUUCUCGUGGUGCGAAUCGGACGCGGUCCGGCGCCCGCGCGCGAGCGGCGUCAGGUGCUCCGUUUUCGCCCGACUCUAACGGUGACCGGCGCGGCGGCGGCGCGGUGGGGGCCCAUUGUUGAACCCGGGGCGGUGCCGAGAGAUGCCCCGCUCGGCAGCCGCUGCACGGCCGCACACCGUGACGGCUGCGUGACGCCGUGACGGGACGGGACGGCGCCGAUAGCGGGACAAUAGCGCAGUGUCGUGCACGACAGACGCGCCGUGAGACACCUCCCCAACGGUCGUGAGACCGGGCCGACCGCGGACGGUGGACCGGGCGGCGGCAGACAGCAGAAGACCCAGCGGCAGCACACUCAGUCGACCGGACUGCUCCGAGCGGUGGAAGACACAGUGACUCGGACGUCGGGAGACACAGCAGCGACACGGGCCGGCCGGUGAGAGACAAGAGGCCCCUUGUAUCGUAGAGGCCCUGCGCACCGGACACAGUAACCCAGACGGCAGCAGGCACAGUGUACCGGGCGGCGGAGGACACGGAGCAGCGACUCCCGAGUCUCAGACCAGGGCGGUGGUAGAACAGAGGCCUGGCGGACCGGACAGAGGGACCCAUUGGAGACAGUGUCAGUGACAGUGGCAGUGGCAGUGACAGUGACAGUGGCGGCGGUGCACCAGUUGACGGCACAUCAGACGGCAGAAGGCCCAGAGCAGCGACUCAGGCCGGCCCGGUGGGCAUCAGAGCAGGCCCGGCAGCAGCGUAAGGAGCUCGGAGAGUUGAGUUGCACUGAGAGUUGAACUUUGUACCGAAUAUCGGCGGAACGGAGACCCUGCAGAUCAGGCAGAGAGACCCGGUGUACCGGACACGGGGAACCGGGCGACGGACACGGGGAACCGGGCGGCGGACACGGAGAGCCGGGCGGCGGACACGACGGAGAACCGGGCGGCGGACCGGGCGCGCACUAGAAAAACUUGUGGCGGACGCCGGACACAACCGCCGGCGACUCAGACCAGCGCCAUGGCUGUCUCAGCUCACGGUUCGAAUCCGAUGACGACGCCAUCGAUCCAGCGCCACAAGGUGCUGUUCGUCGCCGGGCUGAUCGCGCUCCAGGGCCUGCUGCUCCUCGUAUUUCGGUUCGAGCCGCGCCAGCCAGCACCGUGUCAGAGACCGGACUGUCUGCGGCCCGUCCACGAGCCGCGGCUGAAUGACAGUGCCGGCGCCCGUCCGCCCCCGUCCGCGGAGUGGGCCGCUGGCACCCCGCCCGACUGGACGCGCGCCAGGCCCUCCAGCUGGCCCGAGCUGGUCACCGCCCUCUUCAACUACAUCGAGAAGCCGCACGCGCGCUGCGACCGGGCGGCGCGAAUCGGCGGCCAGCCCAACUACAAAGACCGCAAGUUUGACGGCUACAAGUGGGUGUGUCUGGACCCGGCGCUGGGCCUUCUGCAGACCAACAGCUGCCUCAUCUACAGCUUCGGCGUCGACCACGACUGGUCGUUCGACGACAACGUGCAGCGACUGCAGUGCGAGAUCCACGCCUUCGACCCGUCCAUCGGCCGGCCCGACCACCGGCGCUCCAAACACAUCUCCUUCCACAACGUCGGCAUCGGCGGCAAGAACGAGGUCCGCUGGGUGCCGGUGGGCGCGCUGCGGCGCCGGCAGUGGGACGUGCGCACCUACGCCGACAUCGUGCGUCACCUGGGCCACGAGAACCGCACCGUGCACUACCUCAAAAUCGACGUGGAGGGCAGCGAGUGGCCGAUGCUGGCGCAGAUGAUGACGCAAACGCCGCAGCUGCUGCUGAACGUCCGCCAGCUGGCCGUGGAGGUGCACAUGCAGUCCGGGAGCCGCGGCCGGCCCAGCCUCGCCGCCUGGAAGGGCUACCUGGAGACGUUCCUCCGGCUGGAGAGGAUGGGAUUCCGGCUGUUCAGCUCCGAGAUGAACCCCUAUCACAAGCCGAGCCGGCUGUUUGCGGAUAUUGACCGGCAGGGAGCGCGGGUCUAUGAAAUGGUGUGGCUGCACCAGCCGUGGAAGUGAUUUGUGUGGAACCGAUGGAGGCGGAACCGAUUUAGACGGUCAGAGGUGCGACUGUGAACCGCAAUUAUGGAGUCAGCCAAGCUCCUUACGGAUGUGUCUCAGGUUUCUAGCCUGUCAGUCUAAGUGUCAAUCUGACUCCUGGGACUUGGGUGCUCAGCCGAGUAUCCGAUAUCAUACACACUGGCAUUCAGCAGUGCCAACCAGCGGCGAAAUUCCGCACACGGUACCACGGCAGGAACCGCGAUAUCACAACAAUCACAAAAGCUGCACCCCACCGUGAACAAUCUCAAUCUGCAAUCUGUAACGUACUGCGCUGAAUCCGUCCGUUGAGCGACUCAACCCUCCCCCCCCCACUCCCUUCAACCAAUAAUUAUCUCGGACACCCCUCCCCCUAACAACCUUUGCCAUCGGUCAGCACCAAUAUGGCAGUUAGAUCAGCACAACCAGCCAUCGGCGACCAGCGGCAGCGACCACCUUCUCCGCCUCUGGCCCCGCCCUACUCAUCGAUUAGCCUUGACCUGCCUCCCCCCCCCCCACACACACACACAAACAAAACGCAACACCCGCCCUGGACCGGAUCCGCUCUUGAUAAGGAGAUCAUUGGCAUUAGCCGCAACAAAAUGCCUCCAUACCACGUUGCUGUGAUUUGUUAUUAUUGAUUGCUCACUAUCGUGUUAUUUAUUGAUAAUCGGAAAAGGUCAAGGUAGUUAAGUAGUGAAGAGCGAAGCACUCGAUUUGUUUUUAUGAAUAAUAAAACGUCAUGUCUUCACGAGCAACUGUAAACGACUUCGGAUCGCUGGGGCGAUCGGACUGACCUGUUUAUGGAUCCAGUUUGUCAGCACAAGCAGCUUCAGAAACAGAACUGGGGUCGUCCGUCGAGCACCGAUCCCGGUCGCUAUUUCCCUGGUGUCACCGCAUCGGGCCGGGGUCAUGGCCGCCAUUCAUGCACCGUUCAGUUCUCUCAUGAGACCACAGCCCGCGUCUGAGCUGUCACUGAUACCGCCACCACAAUUCCUGACAUAUACAGCACGUCACGAUAAAACAAAACACAAAGAACCACUUGCAACCCUCAACUCACGCCCAACAUCGACGGAGCACCGCCGCGGGCGCCUCACGCACGUGACUCCUCCGUAUUUCGCCGCGGGGCAUGACCUUGACCAUUGUCAACACCAGGCGGCGCCUAAA